AUGGACACAACUCAAUGGCCUCAGGAGAUUAUGGUGAAGUCAUUAUCAACAAACACAAGUGAAAAGAAACCAAGGCCAGAAAAACAACAAGCUGUUAAUUGUCCAAGAAGGUACUGGACUCAAGGUGGAUCCAUUAGAAACAUUCCUGUUGGAGGUGGAACAAGAAAAAACAACAAAGUCAUUAGAUCUUCUUCUAAUCGUGUUUCAAAUGCAACAAAAAACCUACCUAGUAUUCUUGUUACUAGCUCACAAAAUCAAAACCAUAAUAAGAUCCAUCAUGAAGAAAGACAAGAUCUAAACUUGGAUUUCACUUCUGCUUCUUCUCCUAGUUUCUCAGUAUUGGAGCUUCUCACUGGGAUAACCACUUGA